ACAUUUCCUUUUCCAUCUUCUCGUCUUGUGAUCCGCACGUACCAAAAUGGCUGCAGCAGGGUUAACUCGAAGUCUGUCCGGCAAAGUUGCUCUCAUUACAGGUGCAAGUUCUGGUAUAGGCGCUGCGACUGCUGUCCUAUUCUCCAAACUUGGUGCAUCCCUGGCCCUGACUGGUCGAAAAGAGGGCAAUCUAGCUAAAACUGGAGAAGAAUGUGCAAAAAACUCAGAGGUGAAACCUCUCCUGAUCACUGGAGACCUUGGAAAAGAAGACGAUGUUCAGAGGGUUGUGGAUGAGACCAUUAAACAUUUUGGUCAACUAAACAUCUUGGUGAAUAGUGCAGGUAUAAUCGAGCUAGGCAGUAUUGAGAACACCAGCUUGGACCAGUAUGACAAAAUGUUUCAGUGCAAUGUCAGGUCUGUGUACCAUCUGACAAUGUUAUGCACCCCUCACCUCGUGGCCAGUAAAGGGAACAUUGUCAAUGUUUCAAGUGUCAAUGGACUCCGGUCGUUUCCUGGUGUUUUGGCCUAUAACAUGUCCAAAGCAAGUAUUGACCAGAUGACCAGAUGUGUUGCAUUAGAGCUGGCUCCAAAAGAAGUCCGUUGCAAUGGAGUGAACCCUGGCGUUAUCGUCACUGAACUACAGAAACGAGGAGGUCUUAGCGAUGAAGCGUAUGCUACUUUUCUGGAAAGAUGCAAGAUGACUCAUGCCUUGGGCCGUCCCGGUCAGCCGGACGAGGUAGCUAGGACUAUAGCCUUUUUGGCCUCUGAUGAAGCUUCUUUCAUCACUGGAGCUAGUUUACCAGUGGAUGGCGGACGACAUGCAAUGUGCCCAAGAUAAACUUUUUAUUGUGUGGCCAUUGAAAAAGAGUUUGUUGGAUUUUGUGAUGAAACUUCAUGUAGUCAGAAAUGUUAUGAUAAAUUGAUUCAUUACAAAUUUUGCUCUUUCUCUUGAGACCAGAUUUUUUCCACCUUCUGUAGUAGUAUUUUAGGCAAAUUAUUUGUCUUUAUUAAUCGAGGAACCGACCAUUUAACUGUCUCAGUACUUCAUAAAUUUACAUCAUAGUCAUAGCACCAGUGAACUUGACAAAAGAUGAAUUUAAAAAUAAUGUUUUGCAUACAAAGCACAGAUCCUAUCAAUGGCGUUUCGUUUUGAUGAAGCUCUUCAAUUUCAAGAUUUGUAUUCUAUUAUAAAUUCUGCAGUUUAGAAACAAUUACACUCUGGGAAAGUAGUUAAAGCAGUUAUUUAUAUAUUAUAUGUAAGUUCCUUGAUGUGUAUUGUCUUAUGGAUGAAAAAAAUGUUCCUUACUAUUGAGAUUUUAAUUUUGCUUUCUAUUUCUGUUUCAAUAGUAUAAAAUAAUUUCAGUUAUCUUAAGCAUUGAAAAUGUUCCCUUUUUGUUGUGCAAAUUUGGUUGACAGCAUAGAUAUCAUUUUUAUUUAACUAGAUGAAGAUGUUUGGCUUUUUUAAGUUGAAAUUUUUAUUUUUAUUCAAACUGAGUACUUGAAUGAACAGAGUAAGAAAUUCCCCAUACCCCAUAUUUCCUUGAAAAUGAAAGUGGUACUUCUUCACUUAGCACUUGGGUACAUACAAUUUUGUGGGAUACCGGUAUCACAUUGUGUUCAUAGUUCCCUUUGUCUUUGUUUCCUUUCAUAUUGUACAGUGACUGGUCCUGAUUUUAUUUCUUUGGCAAACACAUAAGGAUUUUUUCAUUGUUACCAUAUGUUCUGAAAUAAAUUUUAUUUAUUAGUUCUGUUGAAACAGUAAGUUGGAGACAAGUUUUGGUUUUGACUAUCUGAAAUUGUCGUUUCUCUGUGAGUAGUGUGAGCAAGGAUGACCUAAAGCUAGGCUAGUCUUCAGAAUGUGCCUUUCUAGUUUGUAUGAGUAUGAAACUGCAUUAUUCUGCCAGUUAUAGAAGAAUACAUUCUUGAAUUUGGUUACUUUAAUAAUUAUGUUUCUGGUUUGUUGUAUUUUGUCAGUAUUGAUGAAAGUCGUUGUAUGAGACGGAUAAAAAUGUUUAACCAUAUAUAUAUUAUAUAUGUUAUAAUAAAUAAGGUUUUGAUGAAUUUACUAACUAGAUUGUGCCCAUUUUUUUCCAUGUUUUUCUGCUAAUUAAUGAAGAAAUAAAAGAAAAAGAAUUGGCUUAUUA